AUGGCUCUCCCAAUCAGCAGUCCGUCACCGCGCCUAGACCGCUUUGGACAAGCCAUGGAAUCCCUUUACGGGAGUUUUAGCAGCAUCGAAGACCCAAAAACCUGGACUCCACCACCAAGAUCAGGCGGCCAUCGGGGGCGAUACCUAUGGACAGAUGCCUUUGGGGUUGUCAACUUUCUCACAAUGCACAACGAGUAUAAGCGAACUGGCAAUGACACCAUUGGCGAUGACCGUUAUCUGAUACUGGCUACUCGUCUGAUUGAGACUGUCCAUGAUAUUCUAGGUAGAAAUCGAGACGGUCACUCAAGACUGCUAGGAGCAACAGACGCGAACCCGCUAAGCGGUGGAUUGAGGAUCGGCAAGACAGAUGCUCGUGGUCCAGAUGGCGAUGGGCAGUAUCACCAUUAUCUAACGGUUUGGAUGUUUGCAUUGAACCGGAUGGCCAAAGCAUCGGGAGAUUUAAAGUACAACAGGCAAGCCAUAGAGCUGGCAAAAGCGAUACACCCAAAGUUCUUUGUUGAUCGCGCGGCAGCUCGGCCGAGAAUGAUAUGGAAAAUGAACAUGGAUCUAACAGAGCCAAUGGUUAAGUCAGAGGGGAAUCUUGAUCCGAUUGAUGGCUUUGUUGUUUUUCGACUGCUGCAAGAUACAGCCAUGGAAGCAGGCGACGGUGCGUUCUUGGCCGAAGAGAUUGACGACUAUAGACGCACGAUGGAGCGAAAAGGAGAGCACUUUGUUUCAAGUGAUCCUCUGGAUCUGGACAAUCUGUUCGAGAUCAAUCAAUAUUUGGAGCGCAAUAUCCGAUUUCGGUUGGCCUUCCGCGAGUUUGGGACCUGCAUGGGCAUCCAAUGCCAGUCAGAGGUAGACGCGGAAAAAGAACGCACAGUUGAUUUGAAAUACUACUCCGAUGCCAUCAUUGCUGCUUGGGAUCCAUACAUGCAGCUAUCCAUAUCCGAUGAUCUGACACCAGAGGACUUGCGGCCUAUCACGCGGGUGAUGUAUGCGUCGGCGUUAAUUCCAGGGGCAUUUCAAGCUGGAUUCCUGGGACAGGAACCAACACCAACACCUUAG